CUGCAGGGCAGGCUGUCCCGGAGAGGCCACCUUGACAUAAUACCCCCCUGUGAGGUAGGCAGGGUGACGAUUGUCAUCCUCAUCGCAUGGUGGGGGCCAGCAAAGCAGUGGCAGGCCUGGGGGCAUGACACUAUCCUGUAGUUGGGGAAGGUUGGACAGUCCCUUGCCUUAAACCCUGACCACAGGGCUGGACGCUCCCCAGACGCAUCCCCAAACCUCUGUUGCUGAGGACAGUUGGACCUGCCAUUGACUCCCGGCUGAACUGCCCUGGUACCAAGCGAACUCAAGUCAGCAGGCAGAGGAAGGCUGCGUGUGAGCACAGGAGCGGCACCAACACCUCACCGUGAUCCUUCCAGCUGCUUCCUGCAGCCGACGCCCCUCACUCGGUGCCCUGCUUGGCUCCCGAAUGAUGGCCAAUAGAAACACCCAGAUGGACGCGGAAGACCAGACUGAGGACCCAGGGCUCCAGCCACGUCCUGUGCUGAGUCCCAUCAGAAAGAGGGCUGAUGCCGAGUCCACCGUAUCAGCAAUCGGCCAGGCAGACUUUCCGGAUGCUGCAGAAAUGCGCAAUGAGAAGCAGCUUUUGUCAACUCUAGGAGGGGCAGAGACGGGGCUCCAACACACAGAAGCCUCUGAGGAGGGGUGCUCAGAGCUCGGGACCCAAGAGCACGGGCCUCCAGAAAGACCAAGGCCCCAUGCGAUCCCAGAAGGACUGCAGCAGCCAGGGACGGAGCCCGAGGACCAGCAGGGAAGACCGCGCAAGCCAGGGACCGGGGAGGACCAGCCCCGCGAGGGCCGCCAGGACCCGGAGUGUCAGUCACCAGGUCAGCAGGCAGAGAAUGGCGUGGACACAGUGCAGCGGACAGAGCCUUGUGCCCUGGACAGCUGUGUGCAGCCCCUUGGAGAUGACCCCCGCAGGGAGGCUGGUGACCCACGCAUCAGCCCACGGGAGGCUCUGUGUGAGCUCGCUGCAGGGGGGCACAAGGGCAGCUCCCAGGAAGCAAUGUGCCCAAUGCCCGUGGCAACGGCUGAGGAAAACACAGCCACGUCCCUCUUACCAUCCAUCCUGGGACCAAGAGCCCCCCAGGAAGGCUCUUGCUCCUCCCGACCCCCCUCCCUCAGAGCGCCCCCCUCGCCUGGGGUUUCUCCGCUGUGUAGAGGUGAGACUGCCGAGACCCAGGCGGUACCAAGGCCUCUCCUCACAACAGAGGCGAGCGACAUCGAGGAGAGGAGGGACCCCGGCCACACACAGAAGGCACAGGAGUCUGAGAGCCCUGGGAACCCCGGGCCUGGCUUCAUGAAGUGCUUGCUGGAGGCAGAGGAGGAGGAAGCCGCCCAUCGGAGGGCCUGGAAGGCCCGUGUCCCCACAGCCCGCAAGUCUCCUAGGACCCUGAAGCCUGGGCCCACCUCGGUCCGCAUCAGCUACUCAGCCCCUCUGACCCUACCCCAGGCCCCCACUUCGGCCCCUCCUACCACCCCAUUGUGGGCCCGGCCCCCCGCCCCCACCCCUGUGGCAGUCCUGGUCCUAGGCCCUGGGCCCGUCCCCGUCCUGCGGGCUCCCUUCCUAGACCUAGGCUGGAGGCGGAUGGAGCGGCUGCCCCAGAGCCAUGAGUGGAGCCCGAGCUGUGCCAGGCCAUGGCAGGAGACGGAAGCGCAGGGCCUCCUCAGGCUGUGCCAGGGCUGGGAGGAGCAGGCCGAGGAGCACCUCACGCUGAAGCAAGAGGAAGCCUUCCGCAGCUACUUUGAGAUCUUCAACGGCCCCGGCGAGGUGGACACCCAGAGCCUGAAGAACAUCCUGGUCCUCGUGGGCUUCUCCCUGACUCCGGCGCAGGUGGAGGCGGCCCUGUUGAGCGCUGACGUCAAUGGAGACGGUCAUGUGGACUUCAAAGACUUCCUGGCUGUGAUGACAGACACCAGGCGCUUCUUCUGCUCCAUGGAACAGAACGCUAUGACAAAUGUGGCUGCCCCGAACCCGCACACUCUGCUCUUUGAGAUCCUGUCUCUGCUGGUGGAGAUGCUGGCCUUACCCGAGGCAGUCUUAGAGGAGAUCACCAGCUACUACCAGAAGAAGCUGAAAGAAGGUACCUGUAAAGCCCGAGAGAUGCCAUCAGCCAUAGGCCAGCUGCGGUCACAGAAGCAGGUUACCUACAACCACCAGCAGGCAGACCGUUUGGAAGCCCCAGAGCGCAGGGUCCUCAGCAUCCUAAGUCGGCUGAAGCAGAAUGGUCCCCUGCGUCCCGCUCUACCCUCGGCUGAACAAGAAGAUGGCCCAUCGGAAGCAGGGCAGCCACAGCAUGCUGAACCAGUGUGCACCGGCCAGCCUGAGCCCCAGCACCCAUCGUAGCCAUCGUAGCCUCUUCUUCCAGUCAGGACCUCCAGGCAGCAGGGAACACAGCUCCGAUGGCGGAAAGUGGCUCAGCUCCCUGCCCACUCGAACCCGCUGACCCACUGGAAUCUGGCGAGGCAGUUCAAGGCCUGCAGAUGGAUGGGCCACUGGGCAGGGGCUGCUGUGAGUUUGUUUUUAUGGCCUGGUAAGCCAAUAAACACCACGGACCUCAGCCUCUGUGCCUGGUGCCCAGGUUUCCGCCCUCUAUGUGGCUCUCCAGAGGGCAGGGUCCCACACCCCAGGUUUGAGAAUCCCUGAGGCAAGCCCCACCUUAAGGCCCUAUCCAGGGCUGGCAAUCCUGCUGCAGGUGCCUUUAUGCAUCUUUGCCUGCACAUUCUCAAAGCACAGAGCUGCCCCGGGAAAUGAAUGUCCUGGGACUGGGAGCCCCACAAAGGCAGCAUGAAACAGAAGCCAAGUACCCAGGAAAGAUCUGGCCUCUGGGAGCCGCAGGCCCUGAGGGGAGGAGGUGGCCUCAGCCUCCACUGUCCCAACCGAGCCCAAGGACCUGGGGGAGCUUCUUCUCCAGACACCCAAGCCACGCACCAUCCAGCCCACAUCUCCACCGGGUUCAACAAGCAGCCACAGCAAGAGGUAAAAGGCCAGGGGUUGAAAAAAAGACAAGGAUCUGACAAGUUUAAAACAUGUAUUUAAAAUACAAUUUAUAAAAUGCUUAAUCUGCCGACUCAGGAGCCUGCGUGUAGGGGUGGGGCGGGGGGUAGGCAGCUGCCCACUGCACCAGCAAAGCAAGAUGCAGGGGUGUGGCCCCCUCCCAUUCCCUUCUGUUCAGACACCCAGGGGCCCAUGUGCACCCCUGGGAUCACACGACCAGAAAACAGAACCCCAGAGGUCUCUUGAGUCUCUGCUUGCCAGGGAGGCUGGGUGCAGCCCUGCCGGCCCAUCCCUGAGCAGGGCACCCCCAAAUGGGGCAGAGCAGGGUAUGGCUGGGCAGGGCAGGGCUAGGCGGGGCACAUGGGCUCUGGAAGGGACUGAUGGUAGCAGACAGGGUGUUGCAUCCUGCCUGCAGGUGGGGAGCACCCUGACUGCUGAGAAGGGCUGGUCACCAGGCCUGGGCCCUGGCUCCUUUGGUUAUAGGCUGACAUCAGAGUAGUGGCUCAUGGGAAGCGGCUAGCCGGAAGGACUGAGGCCUGGCUCAUGGGGUCUGCGAGGAGCUG